ACACAGACAACUAGAGAGUCCACGGCUUCUUCUUCUUCUUCAAGUGAGGGGCUCCGUCACUUUUCUCUCAUUCUAACAUGCUGCACGCGAUGCGGCCGGUGCUUUUGGUUGCGGCUCUUCUAGCCGUUACCGCCCACGCCUUCCUCGGAUUCGGAAGCGGAUCCACACACAAGGACGAUGCCGAAUGGGGACACUAUCACAAUCAAGCACAACUUGAAGCAAAGUUGGGAGAAAUCAAUGAAAAGUGCCCAGAGAUCACCACCCUCUAUGAAAUCGGUCAAUCUGUUGAAGGACGUCCUUUGGUUGUUAUCCAAUUCUCGACAACUCCUGGAGAGCAUAUUCCAACGAAACCGGAAGUUAAACUGAUUGGAAAUAUGCAUGGAAAUGAGCCAAUCGGAAGAGAACUCUUGCUUCGUUUUGCUGAAACUCUCUGCAAUGGAGCUAUCAAUAAUGAUAAGGAAAUCGUCCAACUCCUUAAUUCUACCUCAAUUCACAUCCUUCCAUCCAUGAACCCAGAUGGUUUCGAGCUUGCUCUUGGCACUGAGCCAGCUCAAAGACAAUGGCUCACUGGACGUUCCAACAUCAACGGAGUCGAUCUCAACAGAGACUUCCCAGAUCUUGAUAGCAUCUUCUAUGAGCUUCAAAAGAUUGGAGUUCCAAAGUUCGAUCAUCUUCUGUCUCUUUUCGAAGACAACGUUGACCGUCAACCAGAAACAAUUGCUGUUGGACAAUGGACUCUUUCACUUCCAUUUGUUCUUUCUGCCAACUUCCAUGAGGGAGAUCUUGUCGCUAACUAUCCAUUCGAUGCUGCCAUUGAUGAGAAUUCUCAAAAGACUGCCUAUUCAGCUUCACCAGAUGAUGGAACUUUCCGUUGGCUCGCUAAGUCCUAUGCUGAUAAUCAUGCUCAUAUGUCAAAGAACGAUCAUGCCCCGUGUGACGGAACCAGCCAAGAUGCUUUUGCUCGCCAAGGAGGAAUUACCAACGGAGCUAAGUGGUACUCGGUUGCCGGAGGAAUGCAAGACUUCAACUACUUGGCUACCAAUGCAAUGGAAAUUACAUUGGAAUUGAGCUGUGAGAAGAUGCCAGAAGGAUCUCAACUUCCUCGAUUCUGGGAGGACAACCAGAAAUCCAUUUUCGAGUAUGUUUGGAAAUCUCACAGCGGAGUUAAGGGAAUGGUUGUCGAUGCAAUGACCGGCGAGCCAAUCAAGCGGGCCGUUGUCUGGAUUCGUAAUGGAACUGAGACUGUUCCAGUUAAGCAUCCAGUUACCACAUGGUCCGAGGGAGACUUCUACAGAGUGCUCCCAGCUGGAAAGUACGAAAUUAUCGUUGCCGCUGAAGGAUACGAUAUUGCCGCCAAGAAUGUGACAGUCGAGAACAAGGUCCGCGACAGCGCUCUUGUUGUCAACUUUGCACUUUCACCAGCUGCCGAUGAGCCAUCCGAGAAUGAGCAAGAGCAAAUCGCCGAGCUCGUCAACGAGAUUGCCCGUCGUCGUUAAGCCCACGAGUCAUUCGCCGUCAUCACUCCCACACACCAAUUCACAUUGCAUCUCAACAAAAAAACAUUCAAAAUUUUAUUUAUAUUACCCCGGUUCCAUUUUUCCACCCAUCCCACUGAAACAUCAACUGUAUAUUGCAUUUUUGGCACACAAAUUGAAUUGACUCUUUGAAAAUGAAUUAAUUCACACGUUAUUGGAAA